AUGUCCACCGCAGAGCAUCAACUUUGUUUCCUAAAAAGGACCCUUUUUCUUCUUUUGUUCUUUUUCUUCAUCUUCUCCACAACCCAUCUUUCUGAAUCAUCAUCUUCUUCUGAUAUCACAACACUAGUUUACAAAGGCUGUUCAAAAGAAACUUUCACAGAUCCAAAUGGUGCAUAUUCACAAUCUCUUUCAGCACUCUUUGGUUCACUAGUUUCACAAUCAACAAAAACAAAGUUCUACAAAACAACUGGUAAUGGCCAAAACAGCAUAACAGGUAUCUUCCAAUGUAGAGGAGAUCUCACAAACUCAGAUUGUUACAGCUGUGUUAGUAAACUUCCUGUUCUUUCUGACAAAAUUUGUGGCAAAACCAUAGCUGCAAGAGUUCAACUUUUAGGUUGUUACAUGUUUUAUGAGGUUGCUGGUUUUCCUCAAAUCUCAGGUAUGGAAGUUCUUUUCAAAACUUGUGGAAAAACAUACCGGAACACUUAUGCUACUAGUUAUCAAUGA